GGUGCUGUACGUUCGCUGGAUUUCGAUUCGAUAUAUAUGGUGGCUUGGGGCUUGACGCUACACAGAUUGUGAUAUUACAAAAUUUAAGAGAAUAAACUUCAAUACUCUUAAUUAUCUUUUAUGACUAUUUUUGUUGGGUAUUUUCAUUUUACAUUGUUCCCAUAUCCGUCAAUUCUUGCCAAUGUUGUAACUUGUAUGUAGUUUAAUGUAAGUUACUUGAUGUAGACUAGCAUCGAAGCACUGUGGGCACGAUAAACCACUGAUGCCGAUGGAUCAUCACAACAAUAAUAUUUUGUCCAAGAAAACUUGAUCUUUUUGCGGAAUGGACAGAUAUUUGAUGUAUUGAAGCUCACUGGAAAUGGCAUCAGCUACUGCAUCCCACAUCCACUGCCCCAUCGGUCCAUGGAAAACGUCCAGGCUCUAGCGUUUCUCAAGAUUGUUCAUUGAUGUAAAGGAAGCCAGGUGCCGCCAUGGCUUCACCCGUAACUCCGGAAGACGAGCGCAUGCAGAAGAGCUUGCUCGACGAGCUGCUCCGUUUGAAGCUGCAGUUUGAUCCAUCAAGGCUCAGCGAGAUCUUGUUGAAAAUAUCUGUACUCUGCGAACAAGAUGCUGUGGCGUCGACCCUGCAGGAGUACCAUGCCCAUGCCCAGGUACUGCAAGUGAUGGAUCAGCACACAUACAAUGCAGAUAUACAAGAGGCUGGUUGUACUGCUCUAGCAGCUAUGAUGCAAGUUAGUGAUAAACUCAAGGAUCUUGUCCACAAGAAAAACAUCCACAGCCAAGUGUUAGAUAUCAUGGGUCAGCACAAGGACGAUCCCAAGGUCCAAGCAUCUGCUAUGAAAACCAUUGCCUUUUUGGCCAUGGCAGAAGACACAUGCAUGGCCAUGUUGGAAGAGGAUGUGAUAGGAGCCAUUUUAGAAGCCAUGAAAGUGUUCCCAGGUGACGCUCCGGUUCAGAAGAAUGCUUGUAAUGCCCUCAAGCAGUUGCUCACAGAUGAAUUUGAUCGUCAGGUUGAGUUUGUUGACAAGGGCAAGCAUAGAUUGAUAACGGCAGCCGUCCAUUUCCAUUGCGAAAACCAUGUAGUACUGGAGGAGGCAUUCUGGCUCCUUGCUAUACUAGCCAUCCCUGAGGAGUGCUAUGAUGUCCUACUCCAAGAGACCCAUAAGGAUAUCAUAGCGGCCAUUAAGAGGUUCCCAGAUGCCGUAGGAGUGCAGACGGCUUGCUGUGCCCUCAUUGAGGCUUUAGCUCAAACAGAGGACAGCCAGCAGCUCUUUGUGCUGAACGAUGUCUCGGAUCUCCUCAUUGAUGCCUUACGAAGGUUCUCGGAGAACGCCCGGUACCUGACGAUAUGCCUUAGUGUCAUGGACAGACUAGCGGAGGCCAUCUUCACAGCCCCAAAGUGGUUAGAUAGGAUGCUGAAUGAUAACUGGAUGAAUGAAACUUUUAUGGCGCUGACUAAACAUCAGGAUUCACCACCUUGCCUGGAAAAUGCUCUGAGGGCAUUGACAACUCUGGUCAGUUAUAGACCCGGCAUGCUUGUCGAAAUGAUCACAGAAGAAAGUGCAAGUAUGGCUGUAGAUAGCGCAGUACUGAUGAGUCUUAGACUUCAUUCCAAGAACAGUAAAAUCAUCUUUGAGAUGGCCUGUGAUGCCAUCCAAGCACUUGCUGAAAACUCGGAUACCAUGCAAAGGAGUCUGGUUGAGAAGGGAGUUCUGAUUGAUAUUAAGUCAGGAAUGCUGACGUAUUCUCGGAGCCAUGAAUGUCAAGCUGCUGCCAGCAGAGCCAUCCGAGGACUAUGUCUUAUUGUCGAGGACCGAGACGAUUCCAUUCACGUAGAGAACAAACAGGCUGUGACUGAAGCAGGAAUACAUACCUUACUCUUUGAUGCUAUUAGGGGAUGCUCGGACAAUGCAGACGUGCUCCUGGACAUCGUCAACACCAUCACAUGUCUUGCUGAUAUGGAUGUUGUGAAGCAUCAGUGUAUGGUCGAAGGCAUCCAUGAGGUCAUCCUAGAAGGAAUGGAACAAUACCAAGACGACCCUAACAUCCAGGAACUCUUCCUAGAAACAAUGGUAGUCCUCUCUUCAGCAGAGGGAAUGAUUGACAUUCUUGUUGAUGCUGGGAUUCUCUCGCUCACUGUUGAAGUGAUGGAGAAGUACAGUCAAAUUGAAGCUAUCCAAGAGAAUGGCACCAUCUUGCUACAGACCAUUGUGAACAAGAAGAAGUCUAUUUGUGAUGACAGGCUAGCCGAGAAGAUUGCCAAGGCCAUCAUUAGCUCAAUGAAGAAGUUCAGAAAAGCUCCUUCAAUUCUGGCAGAGAGUUGUGUUGCCAUGCAGUUCUUAGCAGACAUCUCUCAAGAGGUCACAAAGACUCUGGUCAAUUACAAUGCACACGAAGAGCUCUUCCAUAUCUUAGAGGCUUACAAAGAUGACGAUACUCUUGUGAACCUGGUUUGUGAGUGUCUGUAUAUCCUAUGCUGCAAGUGGGAGUUCACAGAUCAGAUGCUACUCUGGGCAUGCAAGAAAAAUCUCAUGAAGGGAGUAGAGGUUCUGGUUGAGUUAGGUGCUGAUGUCAACGCUGGUGAGGGUUAUGAAACACCUAUGUGCUUUGCUUGUGAGAACAACAAUGUAGAUAUGGUCAAGCAAUUACUCAAACAGGGCAUCAGCGACUUGCACACACCACUCAGUCUUAGCUUGAAGUUGAAACACCAUCACAUUAUCGGACUGCUUCUCUAUCAGAUGGGAUAUGAUAGACAAGCUGGAUCCUUGACCUGGAGUAGUCUUGGCCUAGCGAGUUUGAACCCUGAGUGGCUGUACAAAGUUUUCCUCGAUGAGGAACCUCCAGACCCCGACAGUGCAAAUGUCUCCGGCCUCACCGAGGCGGACAGCGGCAACAGCUCCAUCAUCGCCAGCAGGAUCCUGAUGAAGCGGGAGACGCGACAGCAGCGGCUCAAGAUCAAGGAGCAGCUGGCCAAGAACGACUUCACCAAGGUGUUGAAGUGGACGUUCUCAACCGCUUCGCUGCCCAGUCCUGGUGGGCCGCGCAACCCCCCUCCUCCAGUCCCAGUCAGGAGGAUUCAGAGUAAAGUCCAGCAGCCCCCACCGUCUGUCAUCAUUUCGGCUGCACAGUCGCGACCAAACUCAAUGAUUGAGACCACAGGACUUAGCCUAUUGGAAAGAAGAGCAAGCGACAUUAAUCCUCCAAGGUUGCUCGUGGAGUCUGCCAAAUUGGAAGGUUUUCUUCGUCGAGCUAGCGCAGAUUGUACUGCUGUUCCCAUUCCCGAAGAACUUUUUGAAGAAAUUUUUGAAGGCAGCGACCAAGGUGGAGGCACUGCAACGCUGAUGCCGUGUGGUGCCUCCACGCCUCAACGCCAGCGCCGUCCCCUCUCCGUCCCCGUCGGCUCCACAGCCGCCACCAGCGACACCGACGAUGAGCUUGCCGAAUACUGGAGAGAUCAGCCGUCGCCAUCGUUGGGGAGGCUUCCUUCCUUGGAGUCUCGAUCGUCCCAGGGGCUGGAUUGCAGGUACGCUCAGAUACCGGACGGGCGGCGCUCGCCGUUACCGGAUGGACGGCAGUCACCGCUGGCGGUGGAGACCCUACUGAGGAACAGUACUCGUUCCGCCUCGGUCUCGUCCUUCUUCGAGUCCUUUGACGAGACAGAUGUAGAUGAAACAACAAGGAGGAAAAGACUUAGCUCAGGGUCUGAGCUCCCUCCAAGGACAGGUCGCCUGCGUAAGAGAUCAUUAAGUAGCGCCCAACUUCCUUUCUUGAUGGACGAUCCAAGGUGGACGAUGCAUUUAGAACAAAAUCUAGGCAGCAGCAUCGAGCUAUCCGGGUCGGAGUCAUCUAUUGCCAUUGUUCCAUCUAAACCAGUGCUUUCCAAGAGAGAAAGUAUUAUAUCUAUUGCUUCCACGGCUGAUAGUUCUAGUAUGUACCUUGCUGAUGAAAGUUUAGCGGGACAGAACCUGGAUGCCAGCAGUCAAGAAGAAAGAAGAUUAUCUGGACUCCCUCCUGGGAAAUUCUUUCAGUUUACGAGUUUUUCGUCCGAUCAGUAUGACAGCAGUACUGCAGAUGAUUUCUCUGAUGCGGGCAUGAUUGCUUCUAAUGUUCCUGAUAUAGUAUCCCAGAUUGGUGGCCAGAAACCUCAACGUAUGUAUCGUAACACUCCACAGCGGCAAAAGAGGCGAUCAUUGACAGCACCAUCGGGCAUGCAUGAUUUGCCAGAAGGGCCAGAUGUCUGUAUAAAGUUCGUUGACCUCUCCGCCAACAAUGUCUCCGACCUGACCCCGUUGGCCAGAGCGCCUCACCGACUCCUCCAGGAGUUUCGGUUCCUCGAGAAGCUGGACCUCAGCGACAAUGGUCUUACCGAGUUUCCUAGAGAGCUCACCGAUUGCAUGCCAGAGCUGCAGGAAUUGAAUCUAAGAUGCAACGGCAUCACCGAGCUACCCACCCAUCUGCUUAGCCUCAGCAAACUGACCUUACUUGACCUCUCCCACAACCAAAUCAAGGAUCUGAACAAGACCAGGCCGGGAGACACUGCCUUCAAGCUUGCCGAAUUGGAUCUAUCCCACAAUGCCACAGUGCGGUUCCCGUCCUGGCUCAGUAUGUUUGUGCCUUCGCUGCAGAAGCUCACACUAGCCAGCAACAAGAUCGAGACUAUUCCCAACAAACCUCUCAACCUUCAACUGUUGAAGAGCCUGGAUCUAUCAAACAACAAGCUCACGACGUUGACCCCCGUCUUCCUUCAUGGUUGCCUGUCGUUGGAGCAGCUCAGCGCCACAAACAACCAGUUAGACUCUCUUCCUGGAGACCUGGACAACAUCCUGGGCAAACUGAAGGUUCUGAAGCUUGCCAAGAAUCAUCUUGGCAUUCCCGAGUCGCCCUUCAUCCCCAAAUUCAUCCUCCAUCUUCCAGUACUCCGAGAUAUUGAUCUGAGUGACAAUGGUAUCAUCGAAUUCCCCCCUCCAUCAGAAUGGAAGAGUCAGACAUUGAGGGAGAUCAUCAUCUCACACAACAAGAUCAAGAAGCUAACACUUGGUGAUAACCUAAGGAGCUGGUCAAAGCUCGAGAGACUUAUCCUAAGCCACAAUAAACUUACCAAGGUUCCAAAGGAGCUUGGUCAGCUGACAUUAUUGGCAUCUCUUGAUCUGAGCCAUAACAAGUCUAUCACCACCAUUCCCGAUGAAUUAGGUCAACUCAACAAACUCUGGGAGUUUCCCUUGGAUGGCCUAAAGUUAGACCUGGACCCGGCCAUACUGAGAGGAAGAACCAAAGACAUCAUUGGUUUCCUCAACCAGAAGUUCAAGCGGGCUGAAGCGUACAAUCGUAUGAAGCUGAUGGUUGUGGGUUACGGGGGUCGCGGGAAAUCUACCCUCUUGGCUCGGCUUCAGGGACAGAAGUUUGAAAAGAAGGGUGACAACGUUGCCACAGUUGGGGUCGUCGUCAAAGAGUGGGUCAUCCAGAUUCGUAAGAAGGACUUCUGUCUUAGUACCUGGGACUUUGCUGGCCAGGAAGAUUUUUACAGCACUCAUCCAUGCUUCUUGACAGGCAGAGCGCUCUUCUUGGUGGUGUACGACAUAAGCAGAGGACCCGACGAGAUAACGACCCUGCGUCCGUGGUUACUGACCAUCCAGGCCCUAGCCCCAUCAUGUCCAGUUAUUGUAGUGGGUACACACAAAGACAAGAUCCCUAAAGACCAUGCAGAAGACUUCAUCACCGAUAUGCAGAUGAGAGUCUUAGACGUGUGCAGGUCACCUGGCUUUCCUGCCAUCAAGGGUUACAUCGAUCUCUCUGCCGUGACUGAGACGGGCGACAUCCAAAGACUCAAGGGGAUGAUUGAAGACGUCAUCCUGAAUGAGAAGAUCAAAGGUCAACCCAUAUUUGGUCAGAUGAUCCCGUAUAGUUAUUUGAGACUUGAGCAGCUCCUGCAGGAGCAGGUGAAGCGUUUGAAGGGUGAAGGGAUGCCUCCUGUGAUGCUGCAUAAACAGGUUAUCAAGAUGAUCCGAGAGAAUGAUCUACAGCUGGAUGAUAAUGAACUCUCGCAGGCGGUAAGGUUCCUCCACGAGACCGGCGUCCUGCUCCACUACGAUGACCCCUCCCAGCAGCUAAGGAACGUCUACUUCAUCGAGCCUCAGUGGCUAUGUAAGGUCAUGGCUCGGGUCAUCACCGUCAGGGAGAUCAAUCCACUCGUCAGCAAAGAAGGGAUCAUGAAAGUGAAAGACAUUUCAUUGCUGUUCAAUGAUGGAGAUAUACCCAAGGAACUCAUUCCUCAAUAUCUCAAAUUAUUAGAAAGGUUUGAGGUGUCUCUGCCGGUGAGUGAUGAUAAGAUACUCUUACCCUGCAAGGUUCCCAUCCAGAAACCAAAUAUAGCACUACCGAUAUCAGAUGCCAGGCAAGAUGUUCUUCUGCGCUACUAUGACAUGCCGUACAUCCCUCUCGGCCUGUGGUCAAGGAUGGUCCUACGUCUUUUACUCUUCUCAAAACACAUGAUGAACGGAGAGGAGGAUCAUGCGGAGACCAUUCCCAUUUGGCACAUGCCUGUCUUGAACACACAGGGAUCUGUCACAUCUCACCAACAGUUUCGCAUGAGAUCACACGAGGAGCCUGAGACUGUGUUCUGGAGGGAAGGUAUAUAUGUCUGCUGGUCGGAGGAAGCCUUCUUCUUAAUAGAGCCAUUGAAGAAAGGAGCGGAUACUCUCAAGAUUACAGUUCCCAAGACGAAGCAAGGGUACAGACUCCUAGGCCUGGUCAGUGAUCACCUUGAUGACUUGAUAGAGGAAUGGUUCCCUGGUCUAUGUGAGCUAGAUCCUAGACUAGGGAGACCCUUGGUCCAGAGGCUUGUACCUUGCAUAAUGUGUGAAGGCCGUCCACAUCUUCAUGAUUUAAGCGAUCUGUUGGAACUUUCUGAGAAGAGUGAUACCAUAACAUGCCCCAACCAUCCAACUAGGAAGGUUCCCCUACAGAUUCUGGCUCCUGAUGUGACCCUUGCAGACUUGGAGGAUAAGUUUCUUCUUGAUCCUAGAAAACUCAACUUCAUUCAGAGGUCAGAGAAUUUACUAGGAGAUGGAAGCUUUGGUUCGGUGUAUAAAGCAACAUACAGAGACAAGUCUGUCGCAGUCAAGGUAUUCAGCAAGGGCGGGGAGAGUCAUCCACAUAGACUGCUGCGUCAGGAGGUUACCGUUCUAAGACAUCUGCAGCAUCCGAGCCUGGUCUCGAUGGAAGGGGUAGGCCUGAACCCCAGGAUCCUGGUCAUGGAGCUGGCUACUUUGGGAUCUCUCAAUACUCUGUUAGCCAGCGGAAGGGUCAAGAACAGGAACCUACAGCAUCGUAUAGCGAUGCAGGUUGCUGAGGGAUUGGCCUUUCUCCAUAAGAACAGGAUAGUGUAUCGGGAUCUGAAACCAGAUAAUGUCCUCAUCUUCUCUCUCGCUCUCGGCACCCUGCAAAAUGCAAAGAUCUCAGACUACGGCAUCUCUAGGUUUGCCACCCCCUACGGGCUGAAAUCAUCGGAAGGAACCCCAGGCUACAGAGCUCCAGAGGUCAUCAGGGGUACUAGCAACUAUAACACGGAGGUUGAUAUAUACUCAUUUGGCAUCCUUCUCUACGAGCUGGUCUCUGAGGGGCGUCGGCCAUUUGAAGAGAUGGAGUUUAGAACAGAGAUUGAUGAGGCAGUCAUCAAGGGACAGCAUCUUCCCCCCAUAAGUCAAGGAGGAGUAGCCCCGUGGCCAGAUCUACAAGAGCUCAUCGAUCACUGCACAGAGCAUAUACCAGAAAGCCGACCAACCGCACAAGAGGCUUUUGAGAAGCUCAGUUCAGCGGAGAUGCUAUGCCUAAAACAAGCAUCUGCCCUUCUGAGUGGAGUCAAUGUGGAAUGCCAAGCUGUCAGGACCUAUCAGAAGGAUGAUGAGGAGAGGACCGAGGUUUGGUUGGCCGGGGGAGAGAAGAACUCCACCAUGUUCUCUUGUUUCACCAUCAGAAAUUCAGAACAAGAUGCAUCGGUGCAGGGGAUGAUCAUUCAGAAGGGACGAGCCUUGUGCAUGGUGGCCAUUGGUCCAAACACCAUGCUGGUAGGGACCCAGUCCUGUGAGCUGGUCCUCAUCGAUCUCACCUCGAGCCCGUACCAAGUCAAACAUACCUUGCCGCAGCUUUCCGAUGCUGUCCUCAGCCUCUCUUGGCAAGCGAAACGUAGAGAAGAUGGCAAAGUCUUUGCCGGUCUUGCCAAUGGUACUAUUGCUGUAUUCUCUGCAAAGAAAAUCAGAUCAGAUAAGGACUGCAAACCUGAUCAAUACAUUACGGUUGGAACGUACCACGAACCGGUCAAGUGCUCCUACCUGACCAACAGCAGACUCUGGGUCGGUGUAAGAGACAGGGUCGAGGCCAUCACGCUCAAAACUCUUAAAUCGGAGGUCAAGCUGGAACACGAUAAAAAAGAAACAUCCAAGGAUCCCAGGAAACUUGGUCUGGUGAAGAGUGUGGCGCUUGACAAAUGCCUGUGGUUGUGUCGUCAUAACAGCAGUGUGAUUGAAGUAUGGAACACGGGCAAACAGCAGCUGAAGACAACCAUCGACAUCAAGGACUUGAUAGGUGAUCAAUUCCCGGGUGCCAGAAUAUCGGAGUUUGACGUCAAGUCCAUGAUGCUCCAGUCACGCACUGCAUUGUGGGUAGGUACAGCAGCCGGUAAGCUGGUGUUGAUCGACGUGCAUACCUACCAGCUGAUCACGGUCAUCGGAAGGCACGUCUCUGGUCUCCGCUCCAUCCUUGCUGUCAGCAAAGGUGUCGGUGGUGGGAAGAAUGAGUCGGUGGUUGUGACAGCGGGAAUGGGUUUUGUGCCGAGACCUGGUGUACCCCAUUUAACAGAGACCAACUACAGCUAUGCCCUGGUGUGGGAUGCUGAACUCAAGAAUCAGGUCCGCUACCUCCAAGCCGAUGCAGAGAGGCGGAAGAAGACCACCGAAGGCAACACUAAAGGCUGGCAUAAGGUGCAGGCAGCCAUUCUUGCUAAGGCCUUCAAAAAGUAGCUAUGAUAUAAUGCAUGCCUGAGAAUGUGUAAUAGAACUUGCAUUGCCUGAAACAGUAAAUAUAACCUAUUGUAACAUUCCUCGAUGGAACCAACGAAGGCAACACUAAAUGCUGGCCUAUGGCGCAGGCAGCAGUUGUUGCUAAUGCCUUCAAACGGUAGCUCUGAUCUGAUAUGAAUGUGUGAGAAUGUGUGUUGAUAGUAUUUGCAUUAGUGAAUUGCCUGAAACAGUAAAUAUAAUGUAAGGUAUCAUUCCUCUAUUGACCUACCGAACGUUUUGCCCGAGAUAACUCAGGAGAGGAUCUGAGGAGAAUGAAAAUCUAUGUGUAUUCAGUAAAUAUUUGGUAGUACUUCGGAUGUGGGACAAGAUAGGUUGUACCUCCUCCCCCCCC